AUGCCUCAAACAACCACCAUGUUUGGAUCCAUGAAGGAAAAUGCUCUAGAUUUCAGCAGAAUGGAUCAAAUAUCAUAUGAUUUGUCAUUUUCAAACCCUUGGGAUUCAUCAUCAUCAUACCUUAAUUCCUCAGAAACAUACCUGAGGCGUUUGAACCCUAAUCCUUCUCAUAGGUAUUUUAAAGAUGAAAUAGAUCGGCUGAUUCAGGCAAUUGAAUAUCUAAAAGAGUCCACAAGAGACAUAGACAUUCUUAUACAACUAUGGCUGCCUGUACCUAGAGGAGGUGAAUGUGUCCUAACCACAKAAGACCAACCAUUCAUCCUCAACUCAGAGAGCAAURGCCUACUGGAUUAUAGACAGAUUUCCAGGAGCCAACACUUUACUACUGAUGAAGAUUCAGAGGCAUUCUUGGGCUUACCUAGCCUUGUUUUCUUGAAGAAGUACCCCAUGUGCACUCCUGCUUUUCAAUUCCUUGGGAAAGAGGAGGACCCCCRUAUAGAUAUUGCUCAGCAGCUGMACCUUGGUGGUUCUCUUCAUCUUCCAGUUUUUGAACUAGGGAGCGGAACUUGCUUGGGUGUCAUUGAGAUCGUGACCACAUCUCAGAAUGUCAGCUAUCAUGAUCCACUCAAUAACAUCYGUAARGCUCUUGAGGCUUUUGAUCUAAGGAGUUCYGAGUUCUUAAUUCAUCCAAAACUAGAGGAUUGCAAUGGAUCCUACCAAGUUGUUUUGGCAGAGAUCAGAGAAGUAUUGAAAUCUGUAUGUGAGACACAUUGUUUUCCCUUGGCUCAAACAUGGAGCCUGUGUACUCAGCAAGGUAGAGGUGGGUGCCAGCAGCAAUCUGCUACUUGCAUCUCUGUCAUAAGUUCUGCCUCCUAUGUGUACAAUCCCCAUGUUUUGGGCUUUCAUGAGGCAUGCGCUGAACGGCACCUGCUUCGAGGCGAAGGUAUUGCUGGUAAAGCACUGGGAACAAACAAACCAUGCUUUGCUACGGACAUCAAGGCUUUUUGUAGGACGGAAUAUCCUCUAGCUGAUCAUGCUAGGAUGUUUGGACUAGGUGGUGCAGUAGCAAUACGCCUCCGUAGCACCUACAUGGGACCGGUUGACUUCAUUCUGGAGUUCUUCCUUCCCCAUGAUUGCAGAAACGAGGAAGAACAAAAGCACAUUUUAAGUUCAAUAUCUUCUGUGAUACAACAUGUUUCUAGGAGUUUACGUGUGAUAAAUGAUGAGGAAUUAGCAGGAGAAGAUUCAUCGUCAGUAAAAGAAACAGCUACUCAAGAUGCAUCUUCUUGGAUUUCCCACAUGCUGGAUGCCCAACAGAGGGGUGAAAGUUUCAUUGUUUCCAUGGGGUCUCACAAGGAGGAACCAGAAGAGUUCAAAGUGAUAAAUCAGUGGGAUUAUCACGAAAAGAGCAUCUAUCGUCGGUCCACAUUGCCUGAAUGUGCGAAACAACGUGAGCCAAAUUUGGGACCCAAAGGGAGAAGGCGGUCAUCAGGCACCAGAAGAUCGGAAGAAAAGAGGCGGGUAAAGGCAGAGAGGAACAUAAGUUUCCCAGUUCUCCAGCAAUACUUUCCUGGGAGCCUCAAAGAUGCUGCCAAGAGCAUUGGGGUUUGCCCUACAACUUUGAAGAGGAUAUGCAGGGAACAUGGAAUCACGAGAUGGCCUUCUCGAAAGAUAAAGAAAGUAGGGCACUCUCUGAAGAAACUCCAACUCAUCAUCGAUUCAGUCCAAGGAGCCGAGGGUACUAUUCAACUUGAAUCAUUCUAUACGAACUUCCCAGAACUAAGCUCUCCAGUUUCACCUAGUCCUAAGCCAACUAAUGACUGUGUCAACCUUUUCAAAUCUCAAAAGACAUCAUCCUGUUCCUCAUCCUGUGCCAGCCACAAUUCUGGUUCAAGCCCUUUAAGGACUCAAAGAGAUACACAUGUAGACUAUCAUCAUUCUAAUGAGGUUUUAGUGCCUCUACUGAAGAGAAGCAAUCCCAUAUCACGAGAUGAAGGUGGUUUCCGAGUAAAAGCUAUUUACGGUGAAGAGAAAAUCCGAUUGAGUAUGUCCCAACAUUGGGAUUUGGGAGAUUUGCAGAGAGAGAUAAUGAGGAGCUUUAGCAUAGACGAUAUGGAUAAUAUCACUCUUAAGUACUUGGAUGAUGACUCUGAGUGGGUAUUGUUGACUUGUGAUGCAGAUCUUGAGGAAUGCAUGGACCUAAAUACUUCAUCUAAGAGAUGCACAAUUAAACUCUUCCUUCACCAAUCUUUUCAUCCGGAAUCUGGAAGUUCUUUUACUGGCGAUGGUCCAUCCUAG